GGGAGCGGGUACCUGUCAAAUUCGGGUACCUGCUCCCAAUUCCGCUGUGAUCACCUAGGCAGAAGUUGUCCUCCUACCCUCACUUCCCGUAGUCUUGUGGAACACGUGGCAGAUCCCACAAGACUACGAGACCAUUCAGGAAGCGCAGCGCUACUCGCUCAUGUGCAGUGGGCACCCGGCUGUGAUGCCGCAAGCUGUCACAGCCGGGUGCCCACACUGAAGAUGCCUGCCUCCUGGAAUACAGGACGGCCAGUAAAACGUGCUGCGACGGGGGCACAGCGG